AUGGCCGUUAGACUGGCACUUCAGCCACCUCAGAGGAAAAAAAGAUGCUUUAGAGCUGCUGCUGACCCCUUACAAGGCUGGUCAGAUGAGGAAUUGCAUAAACGGUACCGUUUUAGCCGACGGGGGAUUGCAUUUAUAGUAGAGUUGUUGUCAGAAGACUUAGAAAGGGCCACAAAACGAAGCCAUGCCCUGUCUGUCGAGCAACAGAUUCUAAUGGCCCUACGCUUUUAUGCUAGUGGCAGUUUUCUGCAAGUUAUUGGUGACACAAUAGGAUUUGAGAAGAGUACAGUAUCUAAGGCUGUUAAAGAUGUCACCAAUGCAAUUGCUGACAAGGCAGGGCAAUUUAUCAAAUGGCCAGUUACUCAGAGUGCAAGGGCAACGAUAAAGACUGCAUUUUAUCAACAAGCCAGAUUUCCCAAUGUCAUAGGUUGUAUAGACGGCACACAUGUCAAAAUUGUAGCACCCUCCACUGACGAGAACGCCUAUGUCAACAGGAAAGGGUAUCAUAGUCUCAACAUCCAAGCUGUCUGCGAUCACGAAGGAAGAUUUACCAAUGUGAAUGCUUCAUGGCCUGGAUCCGUGCAUGAUGCUCACAUCUUUAGAACAUCCCAGAUAAGGACUUACAUGGAAGAUGAAGAUAAAGGAGGAUUUGAUCAUGGUAUUCUCCUUGGAGAUAGUGGCUAUGCCUGCCGCCCUUUUUUAUUGACCCCUUACCUCAACCCCCAGAAUGAGGCACAGGAGAGGUUCAACAGAGCCCAUGGACGAACGCGCAGCCAAAUUGAAAGAGCUUUUGGACGCCUCAAAAGAAAGUUUCAUGUAUUACACUCAGAGGUACGCAUGAAACCACACAGAGUUUGUAAAAUUGUAAUUGCAUGUGCAGUUUUGCACAACAUCUCGCUUACUCUUGGUGAGCCAGAAGAUGAGGAGGAGCCAGAUCAAGAGGAUAUUCAGCCUCCCCAGCCUCCCUACCAAGGACAACAAGAUGGAAGGGGUAUUAGAGAUUACGUUACACGACACUAUUUCUCAAGAGCAUAGACUGUUUAACAAUUUACCUGCUCUUACA